CUCGCGGCGCCUGCGCGCCGAAAAGCUCUGUAGCCCGCAGUCAGUCCCGCGAGAGAGAGAGAGAGAGAGAGAGAGAGAGAGAGAGAGCGAAAUGGAGUGCAGCGAAUAACUGCGUGCGAUAUCCCUUAAUCCGAGCCUGCUCUCAUCUGCAUACAGCGAAAAGGUCGCGAGGGUGCGAUAGCUCGAGACACAGGUGAAUCGCGAGCGACGAGAUGCCUGAGUUGUUGGUCGCGCUGCUGGCUGUUCUGGGCUCGGCGAGAGCGGCGGCCGUCUACGGCGAGGAGUACGACGCGGCCAGCGGCAACUUCGGCCUGGAGAAUGAACUGGCCUACGAGCGACGCGAGAACGAGGCCAUCGCCAGACUCUACGAGAACGUCCUCGACAUCCUCCAGUGUCGGCUGCCGCACGAGAAGGGCGUCGAUCCGAGGGCCAGCCAGGAGGCCUUCCUGGCGAAGCAGCCCGUUCAGGACGAGAACUGGAAGAGUCCCCAGGGCUUGGGUCAGGUAUCCGGAGUCUCGGUCGAUCCCCAGGGCCGACCGGUCGUCUUCCAUCGAGGCGAUCACAUCUGGGAAUACGACUCGUUCGACGCUUACUACCAGUACACAAAGGCGCUGGACGGGCCCAUCGGCGUUAAUACGGUGUUGACGUUGAAUCCGGAGAGCGGCGAGGUGGAAGACGAAUGGGGCAGCGACGCGUUCUACCUGCCGCACGGCGUGCACGUCGACCCGGCCGGCAACUUCUGGCUCACCGAUGUCGCUCUGCACCAAGUCUUCAAGUUCCCUCGGCGGGAGCGAGGCGAGGUCAACCAACAGCCCGAGCCGAGUUUGGUGCUGGGCGAGCGCUUCGUGCCGGGAGACGACUCGGGACACUUUUGCCAGCCGACGGCCGUCGCGGUGAUGAACAGCGGCGAGAUCGUCGUGGCCGACGGUUACUGCAACGACCGGAUCCUCAUCUUCAACCCGCAAGGCAACGUCAUCGGGCAGCUUCCACCCUACGGCAAUGAAGACUUUCUGAGACUGCGGGUGCCGCACAGCCUGACGAUCCUGAAGCGCGGCGACGUCUGCGUGGCCGACCGUGAGCACCAGCGCAUAGUCUGCUUCAACUUGACGGCAUCUCUGGAACAGCAGCAGCAGCAGCAACAAGCUGCGGACGGAGAGAAGGAGCCGCAGCAAAUGCUCUCUUGGCCGCCGCUGGUUAUCCACCGGCCAGGUGUCUGCCGGAUUUUCGGCGUCACUUCGCACGAUGACAUGCUGUACGCCAUCAACGGACCGACGACACCGAAUAAUCCGGUCAUGGGCUUCACUCUCAAUCCCGAUCGCGGCUCGGUCAUCUCGACCUGGGGACCGACCUACGACUCGUUCAGCAAUCCGCACGAGAUCGCCGCCUGCCCCAACGGCACGGCCCUCUACGUCUCGGAGAUCGGGCCCAACGUCGUCUGGAAGUUCAGGCUGCUAACGAACUGGAAAAUGUAAAUCGGUUCUCCGCAAUGUCUACAAGUAAUACGAUGCAGGAGAGAGAGAAAGAAGGAAAAGAAGAGGAAGAGGCUCAGCCUCGCGAAACCGCGAUAUGGGUAUAAACAUACAACAGAUAUAUGUUCGAAAUUCAAAUGAAACCGCGCGCACUCGAAAUCAGUCGUGCUUGACUUUUUUGUCGUCGCCCCUCCCCCCCCCCGCCUUCUCAUCAUCGGCUCUCUCGAGAUUCAUCAUAAUGCGCCGAGCAAACAGAGAAGCCACUCCGAAGAGUGUAAAUACAAUUACCGCGACGAGUCUAUAGACUCUCGCGCGGCUGUAUUUGCCGAGCGUUAUGAAAACCACGUCUUGUCCUCCGCCGCUGAUUAUGUCGCGUGAUAUUUAUGUAUACGGCUGAUUAACGUCAGGAAGGAUCGUUUUGGAGUGUGUAGUAGUAUUAUUGCGUAUAAUGCCUAUGUAUAGUUGGACCUUUUAGAUUUUAUAAACGUCAAGCGCAGUUCGGCUGCGGGGAAGAUGGGGAUGUAUAAUUUUAUAUGCGGGGGAGUCUGUUGCUUGUAUAUUUUGACGAUUCGAAUAUGAAUGUUUACGAUUAAACCAUCAGAGCUUUCGCGUAAUACCGAUAAUAAUAAUCAACUAUGCUAUGCAAUAUAUCUUCCAGUAAUCGUUUCGGUGUCAUAGCGCUCAAUGUAAUACGCACAGGGGGGAUCCCAAUUCAUCGUUGAUAAAAAAACUGUAAUAUCAAAAAAAAAAAAAAAAAAAAAAAAAAAUUACUUCUCCGUCAAGUUGAAAUCUCUUAAAUACGUAUACGACUUCAUUAUACUGUAUGCUAUCCGAGACGUAGUUUUUAUACUGUGAUAGUACCGAUGCGUUAUUUUGUUAUCAUCUCAUUGAUUUUCCUGUAACAAAUAUACGAGAUUCGAAAAAGCUA